AUGAUCGAAGAAAAUGAAGAAGUCAAAAGAGUCAACUUGAAGUCCCAUUUGUCUACGACAUCAUUAGUUGUUUUGGGUGUUUCAUCAACUAUUGGAAGUGGGAUAUACAUUGUUAUAGGAGUUGUGGCUAAGGAACAUGCAGGUGCCUACGUUAUCCUAUGUUUUGUUCUGGCUGGAAUAAUAGCUUUCAGCAAUUCCCUCGCCUACUCUGAACUAUCGUGCAGAUAUAAAGGUUGUGGUGGCAUCUUUACGUUCAUGUUUAAAUCAUGGGGAGUAACUCAAGGAUUCUUAGUUGGCUGGUUGAGCUUACAUGGUACGUCUUUGGGUGUAGUAUUUUAUAGUGCUCAGACAUUUAGUUCUUAUAUAAACCAAAUUUUGGAUCAAACCAAAUGGAUUGUGACUUCUAAUGUAACAAAUACAAGCAAUUCUGGAUCUUUUGCAUUACUUUCCUCAACGAAUUCUUAUAGUUUUAACGUACCAGCAACAGCGCUUAUCGUUUUGUCAUCGUGUAUACUCAUUUCUGGCACCACCAAUCUCUUUAACGUCACAAAAUUUACCACUGUCAUAUCAACAUUGGCACUGCUAAUUUUUAUCAUCUGUGGACUUCAGUAUGGCGAUGUUCACAACAUUGUAAGUUUCCAGUCACACAGUGCGAUGCCAAUUCACAUUUCUGGUAUACUUCGAGGAGCAGCAAUUUGCUACUUUGCUUAUACAGGUUUCUCAGCAGUAUGUUCUUCCGGAGAAGAAGCAAAAGAUGCUAAAAGAUCUAUACCAAUAGCUAUUAUUGUUGUGAUGAUAUUUGUCGGAUUACUGUACUGUGGCGUGACUGUAUCAGUUUUAAUGCUGCAGCCAUACCGGUUAUUUGAUACCAAAGCUCCGCUAAUGGCUGCAGUUCAAUAUGCUCACAUCAGUCGGAUGAGGUACGUCAUACUAGUAGGGAUGACUGUCGGACUGAUUCAAGUAAAUUUGUCGUGUUUAUACCAAGUUUCAAGACUCGUUUUCUCCAUGGCUAGAGACAGACUACUUCCUAGUGUGUUUGCAGCUGUAUCAGGUAGCAACAAAACACCAAUGUUGGCAAUUAUAGUUAGUGGUCUCUACUCCGUUGUUGCCUGUUCAGUUAUAUCAUUUAAAACUCUAAUAUCUUUUUCCACUAUAUGUAUUUUUGUUAAUUCCACCCUUGCUAAUAUUCUCAUAGUUUGGAUAAAUUGUUACACAGAACUUAUUGAGACUACAUUUUUAUUUCAGAUGAUUAUGGUUCCAUAUUUACCAGUAUUCAAUAUGUUCAUUAAUAUUCACAUGUUAGUUUCUAUGAGUGACUCUAUUGGGUUUCUAUAUUUUAUAUUUCUGACUCUACUGGGUAAGUUAUUUAUUAUUUCUAAAAACGGGUUCCCAUUUCUACGGAAGCGUAUUAGGGCCAUUCAUUUUUUUUUUGAAUUUUGA